AAAAUAGGAAAUAGCGUUCCAAUUUCUUGUUCCUCAAUUCAAUUCACACUAUAUCACACACACUAGGUCAAGGUCUCUCUGCUUCUCUCAUCUCUCAUCUCAUCAUUCUCAAUCCCAAUUUCACACUAGACUUUCGAUUUUUCGUUCCCAAUUUCACCAUUCUCUCUGAUUCGCCAUACUGAAAUUGUUGUCUCUGCCGAUUUCUCGUUGGUUUUUCUUGAUCAUGGGUUUCAAUUCGGUUUUUAAAUCAUUGCUGGAGAUAUUUCCACAGGUGGAUGCCAGAUUAUUGAGGGCUGUGGCUAUUGAACACCCAAAGGAUGCUGAUGUUGCUGCUGAAAUCGUUCUUACUGAAGUCAUUCCAUCGAUGUCUGUAAAAUCACCCCCUGUUAAUCCUCCACAGGAUAAUAGUCCUGUAGUCAUGAACAUGGAAGUUGAAAGCAAGGAGGAAGGAAAUUUGUUGGUGCAUGAUCAGCUUUUUAAAGAUGCCGAUGUGGAAACUCCUUCUUCAUCUUCACAUUUGAUAUCUGAAGAAAUCACCAAAACUGCUGAUGUGGGCACUCUUGGACUGGAUCUGAAUGUGGCUCUUGAUGAGUCCACCCUGUCAAGUUCCAGUAAUAUAAGUGAUGAUACUGAUAAAUUUCUUGGAAUGAGUGAAAUUGAGGAUCUAAAUAUUUCUCAACGUGAUCAUCGUGCUGUAGAUAACUUCACUGAAGGGAUCUCAGAUAAUAUUGCUCAGGAGACAUCAGAUGGUUUUAGGCAGGAAGCUAGUGAAAAUUUUGAUCAGGAACCACUUGAUGUGAAUGAUGAUGGUGCAAAGUUGAUUUCUUCUGGUAUAUGUCAAGAGAUGGAAACUGAACAGAAUUACGUUAGUGAGGAGGCUGCUUCCACUAGCAACAAUGGCAAUAGAAAUGCACACAAUCUGAAUGAAGAGUGGGUAGAUUUUGAAGCUCCUUCAGUGGAUGAUUGUGAUGCCACUGUCUGUGUUACAAGUCACCGAUUGGAAAAAGGUGAAACUGACUUGAUUGAGGUGAUUGAGGUAGAAGGCUCUGAGGCUGAACCUGUUCAACGGCAUGCACCAAAUGCUGCAGACAGUCUUCAAUUAGAACUUAAUGCUUGCCCUUCUUCUACUGUUGGUGAAACUAAUAAUGUUGAAGAUAACAUUGAGGGGAAUAUCGCACAUAGCCAACAUAUUCAAGCAUGCAGGAUUGAUCUUCUUGAGCAGACUAUUGAUGAUGCUAAAACCAACAAGAAAACCUUGUUUUCAUCAAUGGAAUCUCUCAUAAACUUAAUGAGAGAAGUGGAACUUCAGGAGAAAGCUGCAGAGCAGGCCAAUAUGGAAGCUGCUACAGGAGGGUCUAAUAUUCUGGUCAGGGUUGAAGAGUAUAAAACCAUGUUGCUGCAUGCCAAAGAAGCAAAUGACAUGCAUGCAGGAGAAAUUUAUGGAGAAAAAGCAAUUCUGGCAACUGAACUGAAGGAACUUCAAUCUCGUUUGACCACCUUGUCUGGUGAAAGGGAUAAGUCUCUUGCAAUUCUUGAAGAGAUGCGCCAGUCCCUUGAAGCUCGAUUAGCUGCAGCAGAAAUAUUGAGGAAAGCAGCUGAGCGUGAAAUGCUGGAAAAGGAGGAAUCUGCGCGAAAGGCUCUUGCUGAACAGGAAGCAAUGAUGGAGAAGGUAGUACAGGAGUCAGCAAGACUACAGCAUGAAGCAGAAGAGAAUUCAAAGUUACAGGAGUUCCUGAUGGAUCGUGGGCGGGUCGUUGAUGUAUUGCAAGGAGAAAUUUCUGUUAUUUGUCAGGAUGUAAGGCUUCUAAAAGAGAAAUUUGAUGCAAAUCUUCCUCUGAGUAAAUCCUUCACCUCAAGCCAAACAAGUUGCAAGUUAGCUUCUUCAGGUUCAUCCCACAGAACGGUAGCAUCUGAUGUGGGUUCUGAGCAAAGUGAUUCAUCUGAGUUACUUAAGAUCACCAGCCCAGCAGCCUCCAUUAAAAGCCUUUCUUCCAAAAGUGGGAAUGAAGAGAGGCCCAUAGCUGAUCACAAUGCGCUUCUUGAUGAUGGGUGGGAUAUUUGCGAAGAAGAUGGAGAACUACUGAAUUCCGGAGUUUGGUGAUUAUUUUGUUCUGUCUAGAGGGCAAAACAUAGAGGAAAUAAACAUUGGAAUUCCUUGGAUAUCAUUGAGUGGUAGUUAGCUGGAUGUUUGGUUUAUAUUUCAGUUUUUAAUGGUAGUUAUAUCAUAAUAGUAGCUUGAGCUCUACAUCGGAAUUGCAUAAGUUCCACUUGAUGAGGUUGAUUGCUAAUUUUUCCAUAUUUUGUACAGAAAACUAAACUUCAUAGGGAACCAUUUUGAAUA